AUGUUCUCUUUAUGGCGCCGAAUACUCCCUCAACGCGUAGCCAACACGGGCUCACAACUACGCGAUCACCAAGCCAACGAGCGCACUUUUCUCUCUUGGACACGCAUGGGCCUAGGCUUCGCAGCGAUGGCUCUAGCACUCGGCCGUCUGGAUGCAGUCGACCACAUGCUCUCGUCAGCCCUGUCAAGCAGCAAAUUGAACCUGGUCGUCGGUUCGGAAAACGCCACAGCCACAGUUGCAGCCACACCUGCGCCCGUGCAGUCCGGCGAUACCAGCCACAGAAACAGCCAAGAACAUCCAAGCAGUUUAUUGUUUUUCAACCACAAUGGCGGAUUUUCUGCUACGACUUUCUGUCAAGCUAUUAGUAUUUGGUCGUUCGGGUAUGGUAUCUUCAGAUACCUGUCUGUGCGGAAGAGUCUGCUCAAGGGGCAGUUCACUCCGGCUAUCUGGGGCCCUGUGCUUAUGACGACUGGGUGUUUGGGGGUAUUUGGGACUAUGGGUAUGUGGGUUGAGCAGAAGAAUGCGUCGAAGAUGGCGAAGCAGGGUUCAUAA